AAUUCACUUCUGUUUGGGUGUUGGAAGCUGGGCGAUUCCCCCUAGUAGUGAUCCUUCCUGUCUCACUGGUCACAAAGCCCUUUGGCAUCUACAAGCUCGUUGGGUCCACACAGCAGCUUUGUUAGGUGGGUAGGGGGAGACCAAGGCACCCAUCUUACAGGUGGAGAAACCGAGGCUGAAGAUGGGAGGUGAGCCAGUCUCCUGGCUUCCAGCCCAGGACUCUGCACUCCUCCCCCCACCUCCCUGCCUACUUCAGCAGGUCACCUGUGAAUCUGAUAGUCAGGUGGGCCCCACCCUGCCAGCUGGCCCCAGCGGGCAUGACUCAUCCGCUUCCCCAUGACUCACACACCUCAGGUGCUCCUCCUCUGGUCAACAAGUCUGGAGAAUUGGCAAAUAGACCCCCAUUUUUCUCACCUCUCCAAAGCCUCUGGGAAGAAUUCCUGCACUUCCUCUUUAUGGGGACUCUACUCUUCUACAGAGCCACCAAAGCCUUGAGAGGGAAAGCAACUCUCCUAAAGUCACACAGCAAGCAAGCAGCAUGGCCAGGGUGGGAGCCAGGCAUCCGGGCACCGAGCCCAGUCCCAGCCUCCUCCCCAGAAGAUCACUCUCGCCUGACCUCCCUCUCAAGGACGGGAAAGGAGCAGAGACGCACUCUGAGUCUUAUUAGGAAGACCUCAGGGACUCCCACUGAAUCCACUGUGGCUACUGCGGCUGCUUCCACCACUGAAGUCCCCUCCAGGCUUCCCUGGGCAGCCAGGGCAGGGUUUAAGAGGAGGACAGGUGUUUGCUUUGCUGUACCUACCUAA